AUGCCAGAGGAUCCAGAAAGCUCAUUGAAUAAUAUUGAUAGUCAUGCUGAUCAUGAGAAGAACAAGAGGGUGCUUCAAUUCAUUGAGGAUGUCACUAAUAAUGCUGAGGAAGUCCAGAAGCGAGUUCUAAAUGAAAUUCUUUCGCGUAAUGCUACCGUUGAGUACUUGCAACGCCAUGGCCUUAAUGGUCAUACAGACCCUAAAACUUUCAAGAAGGUGAUCCCUGUGGUCACCUAUGAGGAUGUACUGCCUGAUGUUGACCGUAUCGCCAAUGGUGACUCUUCCCCCAUCCUUUGCUCUCAUCCCAUUUCCGAGUUUCUCACAAGCUCUGGAACAUCCGGGGGAGAGAGAAAACUGAUGCCGACGGAAGAAGAGGAGCUCGAGAGGAGAUCAUUGAUUUACAGCCUUCUGAUGCCUGUGAUGAACCAGUAUGUUCCUGAUUUAGACAAAGGCAAAGGAAUGUACUUUCUCUUUGUUAAAUCAGAAGCUAAGACGCCUGGAGGGCUUGUGGCUCGUCCUGUUCUAACCAGUUACUACAAAAGCUCAUAUUUUAAGGACAGACCUUAUGAUCCAUACACCAACUAUACAAGCCCUAAUGAAACCAUUCUCUGUCCAGAUUCUUACCAGAGUAUGUACUCCCAAUUGCUCUGUGGCCUAUGUCAAAACAAAGAAGUUCUCCGAGUUGGAGCCGUCUUUGCUUCCGGCUUCAUUCGUGCAAUCCGGUUCCUUGAAAAGCAUUGGGCUCUUCUUUGUCAUGACAUUAGAACAGGAACAGUUGACCCCCGAAUCACUGACCAAUCGGUGAGAUUAUCCGUCAUGAAAAUUCUCAAACCGAACCCUAAUCUUGCAGAAUUUAUCGAGGGUGAGUGUAGUAGGGAGUCAUGGAAAGGGAUCAUAACUAGGUUAUGGCCUAACACUAAGUAUAUAGAUGUUAUAGUGACCGGAACAAUGUCCCAAUAUAUUCAAAUUCUUGAUUAUUACAGCAAUGGUCUGCCUCUCGUUUGCACCAUGUAUGCUUCUUCUGAGUGUUACUUUGGUGUAAACCUUACUCCUCUCUCCAAGCCAAGUGAUGUCUCUUACACCCUCAUUCCCACCAUGGCCUAUUUUGAGUUCUUGCCGGUGAAUAGAGAAAUUGGAGAUGACAAUUCACUCUCUGAAUCAACACCCUUCAACCCAAAUGAGAAUCCAAAGUUAGUUGAUCUUGUGGAUGUCAAACUUGGACAAGAAUAUGAGCUUGUGGUCACCACAUAUGCUGGUCUCUAUCGUUAUCGUGUUGGGGACAUACUUCGAGUAGCUGGAUUCAAGAACAAGGCGCCACAGUUCAACUUCAUAUGCCGAAAGAAUGUUGUUCUCAGCAUCGAUUCUGACAAAACCAAUGAAGUUGAGCUACACAAUGCGGUGAAGAAUGCAGCUAACCAUCUUUUGCCGUUUGAUGCAACUCUCAUAGAAUACACAAGCCAUGCGGACACAUCAAACAUUCCAGGUCACUAUGUCUUGUACUGGGAACUAGGUCUAAGUAGUAUUGCAACUCCAAUUCCUGCAUCAGUUCUUGAGGAUUGUUGCCUUGCCAUUGAAGAGUCCCUCAAUAGUGUUUAUCGCCAAGGUCGAGCCUCAGACAAGUCAAUUGGCCCUCUAGAGAUAAAGAUAGUGGAGAGUGAGACAUUUGAAAAGCUUAUGGACUAUGCUCUCAGCAAUGGUGCAUCAAUAAACCAGUACAAGGCACCUCGGUGCAUCAAAUAUGGUCCCAUUAUCGAGCUUUUGAACUCGAGGGUUGUUUCAAAUUAUUUCAGUCCUAAAUGUCCCACAUGGGUUCCUGGUCACAAGAAAUGGACCACCAAGAACUGA